AUGUCCCAUCAUAAAAAGGACUCUCCCAUCGAAAAUGUAGCACGCCCACACUCAUCUGGCGGUCCCUACCCGAACGUUCAUUUGCCAGCAAGCACAGAUCCACCUUCACCAAGCAAUCCGGUCAAACAUGCAGUAUGGCUCAUCUUUGGAGCAUCAGGUCAUAUGGGCCGGUCUCUUGCAAAUUCGGCUAUCGCACAUGGUGACAAAGACUGGUAUCCUGGCCGAGAGCACAAUUAUCAGGCUCUUCUCUGUGAUGUAAGGAUACGAGGAGCUGUAGAUGAGGUAUUUGAGAGGGCAUUGAGUCGUUUCGGUGAUAUUGAUGUUGUUGCUAUCUGCCAUGGCUACGGUGUGAUCGGUUCUUGCGAGGAUCAAGAUGAGUAUGAGAUUCGUAACCAGUUCGAGACGAACUUCAUGGGUACUCUGAACAUCAUCCAAUCUUCGGUCGGCUAUUUCAGAGAGCGUGAAUCAGGCAGAUAUCUCAUCUUCAGCAGUACAAGUGGUGCACUCGGUGUGCCUGGACUAGGCCCAUAUUGUGCCACCAAGUACGCGGUGGAAGGACUUGUUGAAUCUGUGUUGCAUGAGGUGGAUCAAUUCAAUAUCAAGCUUACUCUCGUCAUCACAGGCCAUUUACGCCGAGACGAUCAUGCUCAAUCUGCCUCACCAGGUGUAUAUCGGCAGGAAACUGCAAAAGAUGCACAUACAGCCUCAGGAAGGAAGUUCCAGCAUUUCCGCAUACUGCGCCCAUCGCCUCAUUAUGCCACUCCCGAUUCUCCGUCGUCACACGCUCAGCGUAUGCUGCAGUGGAUUGGCGACAAACAGCCGACGAGUGCGGUGAAGGCAGCGGAACUGGUCUGGCAGCUUGGUCACUGUUCCUAUCCUCCUUUGAGGUUACUGCUCGGCACUUUCGCCGUGGAGAGUAUUCGAGACAGAUUGAAAAGUAUCAUCGAGGAAAUUGAGGAUUGGAAGGAAUUGCACUUCCCACCUAUUGAAGGUAUGGAAGGCAUGGAAGGCGUUGAUGAUGAAAAGCAGGACGACCACAAUGACGACGAAGAUUAA